UCCAAUGGAGACAGUAAACACACUGGGGAAACCAGCAACUAUCAGGGGAUUCUGUUUCAGUUGAACACACAGAAUAAAACUAAGCCUGGCAAACUUGGCAGCACACUCUACACCAGGCUUUGCUACUAACGCAGCCGCUGUUUUGGGGACUUUGCAAUCAACGUGGCAUGGUCUCGACUUUACACAGCAGUAGCUGGUGUCUCAGAAGCUGAGAAUUAGGACUUGCUGGCUACAGCUGGUAUCUUUAGCCUUUGGGGAGACACAGAUGGGAAGCAGAUCAACUGGAUUCAGGAGAACCACCUCCGCCGGGUACCGGUUACCAGCAGCCAGACCUUUGGUGGACCUCGCCUCAUCCUCGUCUCCUUCUCUCAGCACCCCCCAGCAUGGGAAAGCUCUGCCUGCCAGUCAGGUCUUAGCACAACAGGCAGCCCGGGCCCGGGAGGAGGAGCAGGCAGCACUGCGGAAGGACCAGGUUCGGCAGGACAAGAUCUGGAGGGAGUUUAUGGAGGCUGAGUGGAGGGGACGAAAAUAUUGGUACCAGAAUUGGGGUUUCAUGAAGGACUAUGAUCCAAUGGGUAAGAAAAAGGAGCGGGAGCAACUGCCUGAGUAUAUGCCUGUGUUCUCAGACAAUGUUCCCAACACCACCAACCAGACUAUCGGCAGUAGAAUGAACACUGAAACUGGCAAAACUCUAGUAAACAUGGAUUACUUCCUCAGCAGCGGAAGACAAAAGAAGAAACUUGACCACGAGUUCCAGCCCUCCUAGUGUUAGAAAGAAAUUAUCCCUAACAAGAUAUGUGGCAGGAUUCAAGCUAACAAUCUUUUUAGAGUCUCACAGUAAUGAAGUUACAAAGCAUCAAAGCCUUUCCUGAUAUCACUGUAUUGCAUCACAUUUUUUCAUGAGCAAAGGUGGACCUUGUGCUUAAAAAACUUCUGGGGAAAUCCUCAUAAUAUUCGGAGUGAUUAGAAUGGAUAUAAACAUGUGCUGUUUAGAUCACAGGGUCCAAUCAUGCUCCCAUCAAAGAAAAUGGCAUUAACUUCAAAGGGAACAAGGUCACCGCCAGAGAAGAAACCCUAACCUAUCUAAGAUUGGUCACAAGGUCUUGCCAGAUGCAAGAUAACAUUAUAUUUUUAAUUUCAAAGUAAUCAUUGCACUAGAUAGCAGCAGUCCCUUGUGUUCCAUUUGUCUAGCUAGGGUUUUAUCAUACUCCCCAUCACACCAAUGUCUGAACUUCUCACCAAAAGUAAAAACCAAGAUGAUGAAAAUUUCUGUUCUAAUUUGUCUCCGUACUUCUGUGGAAAUGGGUGCAAUUUUCCAUUUUUUAAAUUUGCUUUUUCCCCUCUCCUUCCUUUUACUGCUACCACUGCCCUCCUCUUUCUCUUCAUCUGAUUUAGUUGUGUCUGGGGGAACACUAACACAAAGAAGAGGGUUUUACACUCUGCUCUGGAGGCACUGGUAGUCAUUCUGAUCUCCUUCAGUGGUAAGUUCCAAGGUUUGGUUGCCCAGAAAACCUGGUCUCCCAUUCUUACAAGCUUCACCCUUGAGUUUAACAGAUUCAUAGUUCCUGAAGAAUGUCUUUGCCCAGGAAGAUCAUCAUCAUGUUGAAAGAGGGAGCAUUCUUUAAGAUAUCUAGAUUCAAUUCUAUGGAGGGGCUUGAAGGCAAGGAUGAAGACUUUGGUUUGACCAGGGAAUGGGAGUACAACGCAGAGCACUGAGAUGAUGGAUGGCUGUUUUCUGGACUAAUUUUAGCUGUUUAAGGUUGGAGUGCUCAGACCAAGGUGAAAAGGGCUUUAGCAAUCCAGCUUGAAGAUCCCAAAAGUAUGGAUCACUGUAGCAGAGUCAUCACCCAAAUACAACAGGGCACAAUGCUCUAGCCAGACUUCAGUGGAAAGGCAUUUUUCUGUAGUUGCCUAUAUUUUAGACUCCAGCAACAGGGGGCAGUCCAAAAGCACUGAAAAGGUGGGGACCAAUUUGACAACUGAGAGCUAGCCACCCUCAAUAGAAGGUGAGGUGAUGGGAUUUCAGCAAGGCAUAGGGACAGUUUGGAGCUGGUGCUCUCUGUGCUGGGAAGUAAAGGAGAUGUAGAGGUAGGUGCCACCUGCUGCCAUUUAAGACCAUGGCAACACACAGUUCCCCUAAUGGUUUCACCUAUGUUUUAAAGGCUGGAGAGAGAAUUGAUCCUUGUGGGAUGCCACAGCUAAGCUCUCUGGAGAUGAAGGAACACCACAAUCUGCGAGCAGCCUGAAAGGAGGCCUGGCUCCAUUUUAGUGCUUUGCCAUUGACCCUCGAGGAGAUGCAGGAGUCUUCUAUAGUAAAUGGGCUCAAAACAACUGUAUAGAGUUGCACAAAGCAGGGGUGACAUAAUCAUCAUUCUGUCCCCUCACCUUGACAGUCCAUGCUCUCUCCUGGGCCCAAGGACUGCUUCCCCUUCCUCCCCCACCCCAGCAUCUAACAGAGGUAGAGAGGAGACCAGGUGCUCCCCUCCCUCUACAAUGACCAGCACAGCUUGCUGGCUACAAAGGGGAACGAAUGCUGCCCCACCUAAGCACUCAGAGAUGUGCUCAGCACUGUGUCCAAGACUAGUCUGUGCAGCUUGUAAUUUACAUUAUCUCCUUGGAAAUUAACAUUCAGUUUUGUGCUGUAAUUAGAUUUCUUAUCCUGAGAGAUACUGCGCAGCCCCAAUUCCCAUUGAGGUAGGAGUUGCAUGCUGAGUUGCAGGUGGUCAGUACCUCUCAUGAUCAAGCUCUCAUCCAGCCUCAUGUAAGAACAGCUCAUUUAUAACUAGGGCCCUACCAAAUUCAGGCCAUGAAAAACGCAUCACGGACCAUGAAAUCUGGUCUUUUGUAUACCCUACCCUACCCUAUACCAUAUCGAUUUCACAAAGACCAGCGUUUCUCCAAUAGUGGGUCCUGACCCAAAAGGGAAUUGCAGGGGGGUCACAAGGUUAUUUUAGGGGGGUUGAAGUAUUGCCACCCUUACUUCUGUGCUGCCUUCAGAGCUGGGUGGCCAGAGAACGGCAGCUGCU